AUGUCUUCCUCUCUACAUCCUACCGACCUGCCCGCACCGCACCUCCGAAAGCCGCUCGAUAGCCAAACCGGCGCUGGCGGUGAUAUGUCCGUGAUGCUUUUCGUCCAAACCGACUGCCCCGCCAGGUUUGCCCACCUGGACGAACACCGCAUCAAGGGACUUAACGCCGAAGCCAUGGCCCGCGUCUUGCUGCCUCCGCCCGCGUGGCUGCUCACAGCGGAAUAUGCGCCCCUGCGGUCGGGUGCCGACAGUUCCCCAACCUUCGUCUUCUUUAGCCUUAACCUCUCGAUUUACGGUCAGUCGAUUCUUGACACCGACUGGACCGAGCAGUGGUUCUUCAUGAACGGCCGCGUCCACCCUACGCCCUUGCGUGGAGGUCGAACAGCGCGACGGCCUGGAGUCUGA